AUGUUAAAACCGCGAUCGUGUAGUAACAAAGCCAAGGCAAGAGAAAAGGCCCUAGAAGACAACCUGGAGGAGGGUCGAAGUGGUGCAGAACUUUCGACAGCUGCAGAGGGUAAGAAGAAGAAGAAGAAAACAACGACCUGCUGCAAGAAAGCCAAGAAACAGGAGAUCCAAGCGGAUGAAGAGGAUGUACUUAUUGUUCCAGCGAAUGAAAAUGGCUCCCUUCUGCAGAGCGGCGUUCGAGCUCAUCCCACACGUAAAGUGGAGAAUAAAUCAUGGUACGAUUCAAAGGUAAUUCCAUUCAUUGAUGAAACGGACCAAUCAUUGGACAAUCUCUACCUACCAGAAAAUGUCACUUACGAAGCUGUGUGA